AACUUGUGAUGGAGACUGGAGUGAAAGCGAAACUGUGUUAAUUUAUUGAAUAUAUUAUAACUGAAAAGACGUAACAAACAAAAUGUCGAAUACAUUAAAAUAAUGCCAUGUGAGCACCGGGUUCAGGAAAUGUCUGAAAGGCAGCUUUUAAAUCAAAGUUGUCUCAAAGAGGGCAGUAUGUCAGUCACAAUGUCAAAACAGACCCUUUCUCAACACUGGAAAGAGUUUGUGUGUGGUGGUGGUUCGGCCUUCUGUAAUAUACUCAUCAGUUAUCCCUUAAACAAGCUCAUAUUUAGACAGAUGAUGCAUGGUGUAGAAGCAACAUUUGCAUUAAAUCAACUCCAAAAGGAAGGCUUGGGCUAUCUUUACAGAGGGAUGUUGCCACCACUGCUACAGAGGUCUUUAUCUAUGUCUUUAAUGUUCGGUGUCUAUGAUGAGUGCUUAGAACCUCUUUUGGAUAAACAAAUUAAUCCAUACCUCUCAAAAACGAUUGCUGGUGUUGUUGCAGGAUGUUUUGAAGCAACACUUAUGCCUUUUGAAAGGCUCCAAACACUGCUUAUACAUCCAAAAUACCAUAGUCAAUUUAAGAAUACUGCUCAUGCUGCUAGCCAUAUUUCAAACUUUCAUGGUAUAAAAGAAUUUUAUAGAGGACUCACUCCUAUAUUACUAAGGAAUGGUCCAUCCAAUGCGUUAUUCUUUAUUAUAAGGGAUGAAAUUAAAAUAAGAAUGCCGAAACAAGAAAGUAUUUUCUAUGACAGUCUACAGAAUUUUAUUGCAGGAGCUUCAAUAGGGGCAUUUUUAAGUACUUUAUUUUACCCAUUAAAUGUAAUUAAAAUAGGAAUGCAAUGUGAACUUGGUGGACCCCACAGAACUAUCAUAUAUGAGUUUAAUUAUAUAUUACGCAAGAGAGGGUCCAAGUUUGGAAAUUUUUACCAUGGAGCCCUGCUUAAUAUAACCCAGUCACAGAGGCCAAAAUUUCGCGACGACUACAGGUACGAGAAAGCAUUUGAUGCGUUUUACAAGUUGCACACUGAAGCCGUGGACUGGUACCAGGCUAGAAUACGUUGCGAGGCGGAAGGGUCACAAUUAAUCGUGCCGGAUUCGCUCGAUGAAGCGGACAGUAUUCCCCUUCUCAUAGCUCCAAUACUAACUAGAUAUGAAGGAGUAUACGUCGGCAUGCAUGAUUUAUAUUCUGAGAGAUCUUUCGUUACAAUUACAGGAAGUAGUCUACAAGACACAAUCUUGGAUCUUUUAUGGGAACUAAAGCAGCCAGUCUACAACGGAGGCCGAUGCGUGGCAAUGCGUCGCAACGGAAGACUGUUCGUCCAUCCCUGUUCCGAUCAUCUGCCAUUUGCUUGUAAAAUUCGAGCUGCCAAUGUUACAUAUUAUCAAGAAUGCGAUACUUAUGACUCCCGCUGGAAAUUGGGGCCGAACAAUACAUGCUAUAUUACGCAUAUAGAACCUCAAACUUGGUAUGAAGCGUAUUCCACCUGUUUAUCAGCUGGAGGUCACUUGACAAUAUUGGAUAGUAAGGAAGAGGCGGAAUACAUCCGAGAUACAUUCAAGCAAGUCGACCAGCAUAAAACUCCUGGAGACCUGGCGUUUUUAGGUUUUAGUGAUCUCUUUCAACGAUAUCACUAUAGAACUGUUUUAGGUGAAACACUGAAUGAGAAACAAGUAGAUUGGGACUUCAAAUGCCCCGGUAAUUUCACAAAAUUAGAGGACCGGUGUGGGGGUGUACGUCGCAGUGGUCUGUUGUCUACUAACAAUUGUCUAUUGCCGUCUAUGUUUUUCUGUGAAAAACCCGCCAACGGUUCCUUUCGAAUUAAGAGCAGUGUUCGCAAAAAUGUACUCAGAAGUAAAUAUAAGUUACGAGAAUAUUAGUCUAGUAUGUAUUAAAUAUUUAAUGUAUAAAUAUAUAUUCUGUAUUUUUUUAUAUCUGUAAGUAACUAG